AUGACAUCCUUGGCGAAAAACCUGGUACCAUUGACGAAGCUGAAGCCAAGGCCGGUAAUCACAUGGGACAAAGCUGAGAGGAUAAAGGUCUGUGAGGACAUCUGGCAAGACCCAAAGUCGGUUGUCCACCGUUUACCCAUGCAUUACCAGAAGAGAUACUGGGCCAACAUAUUAGCAGACGCAACACCGGUCCAUUAUGAACCCCCGCAGAAUAGGUUUAUGUGGGAUACAGACAAGAAAGUGGAAGUCGAAGUUCAGGUUGGUUCUUUUUUUAAAUAUAUUUUUGGAAUUAUUAAAUCCUAUUAAUUUAGGAGUAUCCCAUUCGUCCUCUGAGGAUACCGGAGAUGGAAAAUGGUUUGUGGGGUGGUGAAGGUGUCGUAAAAGGGUAUGUAGAAUCUCGUCCCUUUGUCAGGAAGAAGAUCCUUCCACGGCAUUGGAUUCCGCAUUGGUUUUUCCCGAACGUUUUUCACGGAUGUUUGUAUUCUGAGAUUCUGAACAAGUACAUGAAGAUCACUGUUACAAGCCGAAGUCUUGGUCUCAUUCACGAAGCAUUCGGCCUUGAUUAUUACCUUUUGCGGACCCCUGAAAUUGACGUCAAUUCAAAAUUAGGAAUGAAGUUGAAACGUCUGAUCCUGAUUACCCUGGCGAAAGAAGAUUAUUGGCUGGAUGAUACAGAAAAGCACAAUUACAUCAAAGAGAAGUAUAAGGAAUUCAAAAUACCGUUAGAAGAGGCAGAAUGGGUGGGUCUAACAUUAAAUGAGGCUGCUCAGAAGCAACAAGACAUUGAAGACAACACUGCUCAAAUCCCCGAGAAAUACAAAUUCGAAGAGGAAUUGAACCAAAAAUUAAACGAGGGUGAAGAUUUAGCAACAGAAGAAGCUGAAUUUAUCCCGAAGAAGUCGAAGUCUAUGUUUGGAGAACGGCUGGUCGGAGAAUACAUGAAACCGAUAGAGGAUCGUGUUCGCCGUUAUUAG